GGGCGCGGGGCAUGGAGGAGCUUUUCGGCCGCAGGCAGAGCAGGGCGACCCAGGCGGCGGCGGGGACAACGGUUUCCCUUUGAAGGGGACGGCCUGAGCCCGAGUGACCAUCGCCGGCGGGGAGGACUAGCCCCCGGGCAGUUUGGUGCCGUUUGUCAGAUGUUGGAAGGCAGUAGGACGGAACAUACUCUUCGUGGUUGUAUAUCCCCUCUAGGGUGCAGCAAUUAAUAUUGAACUUUGGUUCCUGUGACUCUUGCCUGUGUCGAUAGAGUUAAGCUGGAGCUCUGCUUUGAAAGAUAAAUAAAGCACAGCGUCUCAAUUGGACAUAAAUGGAUCUAAAGACAGCAGUAUUUAACGCAGCUCGGGAUGGCAAACUCCGGCUUCUCACCAAAUUGUUGGCAAGCAAAUCCAAAGAGGAGGUUUCCUCCUUGAUCUCUGAAAAAACAAAUGGGGCCACACCACUCCUGAUGGCCGCCAGGUAUGGGCACCUUGACAUGGUGGAAUUCCUCCUAGAGCAGUGCAGUGCCUCCAUAGAAGUUGGGGGCUCCGUCAAUUUUGAUGGCGAAACCAUUGAGGGGGCUCCCCCUUUAUGGGCCGCUUCUGCAGCAGGACAUCUGAAAGUGGUCCAGUCUUUGUUAAAUCAUGGAGCAUCUGUCAACAACACGACUUUAACCAAUUCAACUCCUCUUCGAGCUGCGUGUUUCGAUGGCCAUUUGGAAAUAGUGAAGUACCUUGUAGAACACAAAGCUGAUUUGGAAGUGUCAAACCGACAUGGGCAUACGUGCUUGAUGAUUUCAUGUUACAAAGGACAUAAAGAGAUUGCUCAGUAUUUACUUGAAAAGGGGGCAGAUGUUAAUAGAAAAAGUGUUAAAGGUAAUACUGCAUUGCAUGAUUGUGCAGAAUCUGGAAGUUUGGACAUCAUGAAGAUGCUUCUUAUGUAUUGUGCCAAGAUGGAAAAGGAUGGUUAUGGAAUGACUCCCCUUCUCUCAGCAAGUGUGACUGGUCACACAAAUAUUGUGGAUUUUCUGACACACCAUGCACAGACCAGCAAGACAGAACGUAUUAACGCUCUAGAGCUUCUAGGAGCUACAUUUGUAGACAAAAAAAGAGAUCUCCUUGGGGCUUUGAAAUACUGGAAAAAGGCAAUGAACAUGAGGUACAGUGAUAGGACUAAUAUUAUUAGUAAACCAGUGCCACAGACACUCAUAAUGGCUUAUGAUUAUGCCAAGGAGGUGAACAGUGCAGAAGAGCUAGAAGGUCUUAUUGCUGAUCCUGAUGAGAUGAGAAUGCAGGCACUAUUAAUCAGAGAACGUAUUCUUGGUCCUUCUCAUCCUGAUACCUCUUACUAUAUUAGAUAUAGAGGUGCUGUCUAUGCAGACUCUGGAAAUUUCAAACGAUGCAUCAACCUAUGGAAGUAUGCUUUGGAUAUGCAGCAGAGCAAUUUGGAUCCUUUAAGCCCAAUGACCGCCAGCAGCUUAUUAUCUUUUGCAGAACUAUUUUCCUUUAUGCUACAGGAUAGGGCUAAAGGCCUGCUGGGUACUACUGUUACAUUUGAUGAUCUUAUGGGCAUACUUUGCAAAAGCGUCCUUGAAAUAGAGCGAGCUAUCAAACAAACUCAGUGUCCCGCUGACCCGUUACAGUUAAAUAAGGCUCUUUCUAUUAUUUUGCACUUAAUUUGCUUGUUAGAGAAAGUUCCUUGUACUCUAGAACAGGACCAUUUCAAAAAGCAGACUAUAUACAGGUUUCUUAAGCUGCAUCCAAGGGGAAAGAAUAACUUCAGCCCUCUUCAUCUGGCUGUGGACAAGAAUACUACAUGUGUAGGGCGGUACCCUGUUUGUAAAUUUCCAUCUCUACAAGUUACUGCGAUACUGAUAGAAUGUGGUGCUGAUGUGAACGUCAGAGACUCGGAUGACAACAGUCCCCUACAUAUCGCUGCUCUUAACAACCAUCCAGGCAUCAUGAAUCUCCUUAUUAAAUCAGGUGCACAUUUUGAUGCCACAAACUUGCACAAACAAACUGCUAGUGACUUGCUGGAUGAGAAAGAAAUAGCUAAAAAUUUGAUCCAGCCUAUAAAUCAUACCACAUUGCAGUGUCUUGCUGCUCGUGUCAUAGUGAAUCAUAGAAUAUAUUAUAAAGGGCACAUCCCAGAAAAGCUAGAGACCUUUGUUUCACUUCAUAGAUGAUAAUUUGACUGUAUUUUAGCACUGUUAAAGCACGAAUUGGUAACAGUUGUUUCAUAAAUGAGCACUGUUGUGAUAACACCAGCAUUCAUUUAGCUUGAUUGAUAUCAUGCUCUCAUUGGCUAAACCAUUAUAAGCAUCAAAUUUACAAGAUUGGUUUCCCAGUAUUUAAUAUAAAUAUACCAUAUAAUAUAUUGUUUGUGAAUUACUGAGAAAUGUAACAUCAUAUUCAAAUUUCUAAAAUUGUCUGCCAAAGGCUUAUUCAUUCUGGUUUUGUUUACUGUUGGAUGUUUGGGGCAGAGUUAACCAUUUUUCCAUGGUGUCUUUAUACUUUACUGGUUUGUGAAUUUUAUACAAUUGAAAGUCUUUUUUUCCUGAUUCUUCCUUCUCUUCUCAAGUUUCCUUCCUGUUUCUACUUUAUUUUUUGUCCUAACCAUUUCUACUUUUCCUUAUGGACCCAUGCUAGGUUGUACAAACUUUAAGGACUCGUUACCAUUUGCAGUUACCAUAAGUGCUUUAUCUUCUCUAUGCACAGGCUUAAACUUGACUGUUGUACGUUAGCAUAUUUUCUAUGCAGCAGUUGGUCAACUUCAACUCAAAACACUGUUUUCUUAUGUUUGUUACAAAGUUAGUUUUUUUUUAAAGUACUCUGUAGCAUGACAAUUUUUAGAGCUGCAGGUUAGCUAUUUUAGCUCAAGCUUUUUUGUUUGUUUUUUUUCUUCAUUUUCUUCACAACCGAGGUUUCUUUCUCUAAUCCACUGAAAUUAUUGUGUGCUAAAUUUGGGAAACAGAUCUAUUCUAACUCAUUAACCCAGUUGAAAUUUAGGUCUGUCAUCUUAAUAUAUCAUGUAGUAAAAGGAAGAAUCUUUUUAAAGUGACCCACCUUUCAUGCUGCUCCAGCAUUGUCCUGCUUGUGCUGAUGGUGUGACUAGGUGUAGAGAAUUUGCUUAAAUUUAACCUCAAAGUUUAUCACACAGCUUAAUGAGUCACAUUCAAAUAUUCAGUAAUUGAACUGCAAAUCACUUUUAGUUACAAAAAGAGCUAAAGCAUGUCAGUGGCAUGAUGCUUGCCAAGCCAGAUCUAGGCAUCUAGGAUAAUUAAGGUAUUUUAGUAUGCAAUUUACUGCCACAAUAUCAAAAGGUCAGUAACAGUGUUCUUUCUUUCUUCAAGCUUACGUAUACCUUUAAAGAUAACUUGCAUGAAUUACUUUGAUUACUUUGGUCUCAAUUAUUUGUCGCCCUAGUUAAACAUGAAAGGUUGCAGUGCUUCCUGUUCCCUUACUGGAAGUUAGCUUUUCUUUUCUCUUCCUUUGUUCCUUUCUCUCUCUCUCAUUGUCUUUUCUCUCUUUCUUUCUCUUUCUCUCACAGAUUUGCUAAUGCCACAGAAAGGGCUCUUUUAACUUAAGAUAAGUGAAAAGUACUAAAAAAGAUUCAGGUAAUUAUCAUUCAGCACUUUAUUGUAUUUCAGAAUAAAAUUUAUGAUGGCAUAUUUGCCCUGCAAAUGUCUUAAUGAAGUUGUUCUGAAUAAAAAGCUCCUUACUGAUUUGAGAAAAACUCAGUUUACCUGUGAGUUUAAUGAGCUGGAUUACUCACUUGGAUUUUUGUGUUGACAUUUUAUUCUGAGGAUUAGGGUCACUCUAUUUAAGUCAUCAAUGCAAACAGUCACAUUAGGUUUGUCAUCUUUAGUCAGUAAAAACAUUGUCAUGAAGAGUAGUAAAUAAGAGAACAUUAUUUGACUUUUUGGUUAAAUAAUUGAGGUUUAAUUUUUAAAAGAUAUUCUUACACGUUUUACUAGGUUGCAAAUUCGAUUUCACCAUUAAGAAACGGUAAAUUGGGAUAUGAAUGAACGCUCUCCAGAGUUUUGAUGAAGAGGUUUUACUAUCUCUUACUAGUAAAUUUGAUGAAAUAUUUGAAUUGUCACAUAUAUUAAGAAUACUUUGUGAUUUAGACCAAUAUUCUAGAAAUAUCAAAUAUCAGUAUUUUCAAAUCAUCUGCCUCUUUGUGGUAUAAUAAUUAUACAUGUAUAAGCUAUUUUUAUAAAGGAAAACUUUGCCAUUAUAGUAAAUUAUAUCAGUAGAUCUCAAUAAUUUGGGGUAAAAGAUGACAAUUGGAUUUUUAAGUGAUUUAGAAUUUCCUCCUCGUCUUUGGGGGCUGGGUAGGAGGGCUUACAUGCUCUUAGAGAAAGGCACGCAUAUCUUACUGUUUUACAGCUGAACUUGAAUUGUACAACUCCAGUGUAAAAUAAGGAUUUCUUUAACAUUUUUGUACCACUAAAAAUAGAUAGCUUAGAACUCAGUCUUGAUAACUGAAAUGACUUAUUUCACUUAGAAUAUAUUUCCCCUUCCUUCUCUACCAUCUCCACAGAUGCCAUUGGGAAGUUUUGAAAAAUCAGUUUAAUAGCUCAAAAUUGUCCCUGAUUUUAUUUUAUUUUAGAGGAAAUUGUUUCAUAAAUGUGAACUUAGACACUAAUAAAGCCUUUGUCGGAAAGUAUUUCCAAAAUUAUGAGAUGGAUUAUAAUAAAAUACUUAAAUUUGUGUUAUUUUUUGAACCACAGAUGAGUAAAUAUUAAUAAUGAACCUGUUACACUCACGUGAGUCAAACUAAACUACACUGUAGCAUGGUGGUAUUGACUGGAGUUAAUGUGUAAGUUCUUAUUACAUUUCUAGGAAAAUAACCGUUUGGGGCCUGCUGAAUUUUAGAUGUUCCACUGUUUUGAUCAUUUCUGUAAAAGAAAUGGUAAUUUUACUCAGAUUAGAUGCCAGUCUAUGACGACAAAUGGAUUAUGGACUUAAAAAUAGUCAUUUUUCUUAUUCAUAAAUCUGACAGGUAUAAACCCAAAUCAAAGAUAAUUUGGCACCCUUUAUGAAUUUGAAAUUAAGUGAUAGCUCACUUGUGAAGUGACUACCUUAUGUGUAUAGAGACCCCAGUCUACCAUGAUUUGGGAAAAUUGUUUAGGUUAUAUGGGAAAAGUAGCUCUUUAAAAAUCAUGUUGCCCAAAUAGGAACCUUAGGCUGAAUUUACAGAUAUGAUAAUUUUUAUAAUUAUUCUUAGAAUUGUGCAGAUUGGAUGAGAUGAUAACGUAUUCUUGUACACUGUAACAACAGCAUUAUUGCCUAGAACGUUAAUCAUUUUAGAGUUAGAUACUAAGGAAACGAACUAAUUGGUCAUCAUUAUUUUCUUUUUUUUCUUUUUCUUUUUUUUUUUGCCCUCAUGUAUCACUAAACAACUAGUUUCUCUCCCUUUUGUCAGUUCCCAUUGUGUAUUUUUCCAAAAGAAGUACUGUAUUAGGAUGCCAGCUAAUAAAUUGUCACACAAUGGAAAAAUCAUAUGCCACAAUAUUCAUUGUAAGGUUUAAUAAAAUUAAAUUUGCACCAAA